UGUUGAGUUGUCAGUGAGAAGAGACGUAGCGACAGAUAGACGGUAAGAUUUACCUUUUAUUACAAAGCUGUGACUUUAACUGAGGGAGGACAGUUACAGGAAGGAGCUCUAAAGUACUGAAGAAGUGAAAUACUUUAACUGUAAUCUUCUGCAGACUGAAAAAUACACUUUGAGACUCAAAGUGAAAGUAACUGAGGCAGCUUUCUGCAGCAGGGAGGCGCACACUGUGACACAACUUUAACGCCGUUUGCUGUGUUUUUAUCUGCACUCAGAGACAAAAUGGCUUCCAUGUCAGAGGAGGAUUUCUGCUGUGCGGUCUGUCAUGAAGUCUUUAGAGAUCCUGUUGUUCUGUCAUGUAGCCACAGCUUCUGUAAAGACUGUCUGAAGAGCUGGUGGGCAGAGAAACAGACACAGGAGUGUCCAGUUUGUAAGAGAAGAUCUUUUUAUGAACCACCUUGUAACCUGGAGUUAAAGAAGCUGUGUGAGAGCUUCUUACAGCAGAGAGAUCAGAGAGCUUCAGAGGCUCUCUGCAGUCUGCACUCUGAGAAACUCAAACUCUUCUGUCUGGACCAUCAGCAGCCAGUGUGUGUCGUCUGCAGAGAUUCAGAAAAACACACCAACCACAGAUUCAGACCCAUCAAUGAAGCUGCACGACAACACAAGAAGAAACUCCAGGAAUCUCUGGAGCCCUUAAAGAAGAAGAUAAAGGUUUUUGAACAAGUUAAAGUGAAGUUUGAUCAAACAGCAGAACACCUGAAGGUCCAGGCCCGACGCACAGAGACGCAGAUUAAGGAUCAGUUUAAGAAGCUUCACCAGUUUCUAGAGGAGGAAGAGGAGGCCAGGAUGGCUGCACUGAGGGAGGAAGAGGAGCAGAAGAGUCAGAGGAUGAAGGAGAAGAUGGAGGCUCUGAGCAGAGUCAUAGCAGCUCUUUCAGACACAGUCAAAGCCACAGAGGAGCAGCUGAGAGCUGAAGACGUCUCAUUCCUGAUCAACUACAAGGCUGCAGUGGAAAGAGUCCAGCAGCGCCCCCUGCUGGAUGAUCCACAGCUGCUCUCAGGAGCUCUGAUAGACGAGGCCAAACACCUGGGCAACCUGAGCUUCAACAUCUGGAACAAGAUGAAGGACAUGGUCUCCUACACUCCUCUGAUUCUGGACCCAAACACUGCUUAUCCAGAACUCAUCUUGUCUGAAGAUCUGACCAGUGUGAGACUAGGAGGAGAGAGACAGAAGCUUCCUGAUAAUCCAGAGAGGAUUGAUUCUCACUUCUCUGUUCUGAGCUCUGAGGGCUUUAACUCAGGGACUCACAGCUGGGAUGUCGAGGUUGGAGACAAUACAUUUUGGACACUGGGUGUGUUAGCAGAGUCUGUCCAGAGGAAGGGAAUCAUACGAUCUGGAUUAUGGACAAUAUGGUUCUAUAGAGGUAAAUACUCAGCGUGGUCUCCACCAGCUCCAGACACUGAUCUCCCAUUUAAGCAGCAGCUCCAGAGGAUCAGAGUGACUCUGGACUGGAACAGAGGAAAGCUGUCGUUCUCUGAUCCUGAUACCAACACACACAUACACACCAUCACACACACUUUCACUGAGAGGCUGCUUCCAUACGUUAGCACAGGAGAAGCAGUCCCACUGAAGAUAUCACCACUGAAGGUCUAUGUGACAAAACAACAGGUCUGAUAGUCUUUAGUUUGAAGGGGGUGAUAAUAAUAGUAGUUAAUAGUUAAUAUCUGUCCAUCUAUGUAUGUACAUGUUUACAAGUAUGAGCAAAAAAAGUAAGGAUGAAAGGCAAGAAUAGGUCAAAA